CUCGAAAACACGUUCCUGACUGAUUCAGGUCUCAGUGAAAGAUUUCUACAAUUCACCACAUACAUUCUGCUUCCUGUUCCUCAAUUGCAUUGAUAGACGAGAUGAGCGACAAGAACAACGGAUUGAAGGUGCUCCUUACCGGUGGCUCCGGCUUCAUUGCAGCACACACGCUAGCUGUGCUGCUGAACUAUGGCCACUCCGUCGUCACUACCGUCCGCACGCAAGAGAAGGCAGACAAGAUCAGGGCAGCCUACAAGGACUACGUCGAGAAGGGCCGCCUGGGGUUUGCCAUCGUCCCAGAUAUUGCGAAGCCCGAUGCCUUUGACGAAGCAGUGAAGUCGGAUCCGCCGUUCGAGGCGGUCCUGCACACUGCGAGCCCGUUCCACUUCAACGUUACCGACGUCCAGAAAGAUCUGUUGGAUCCGGCCGUGAUUGGCACAACGGGCAUUCUGAAGUCGAUCAAGAAAAAUGCGCCAUCGGUGAAGAGAGUCGUCAUCACAUCCUCCUUCGCCGCGAUAGUGGACGGAAACAGGGGACUCUGGCCUGGACAUGCAUACUCGGAGGAGGACUGGAACCCCAUCACCCACGAGCAAGCUCAGGAGAACGCCAUGUGUGGUUACCGCGCAAGCAAGACAUUCGCCGAGAAAGCAGCCUGGGACUUUUUGGCCAAGGAGAAGCCCAAUUUCACCAUUGCAACCAUCAAUCCCCCAAUGGUCUUUGGACCGAUCAUCCACAGUCUCGACAGUCUGGAGAACAUGAACACAUCCAAUCAGCGCAUCUUGUCAACUUGUCAGGGCAAGUUCAAGGAUGAGAUACCGCCUUCUGGGGUUUACCUGUGGGUGGACGUCCGCGAUGUCGCCGAAGCUCAUGUAGCCGCCAUGGAAAAGGAAGACGCUGCCAACAAGCGUUUCUUUACGACCGCGGGCCAUUUCUCGAACAGAGAAAUUGUCGAUAUUGUUAGGAAACACUUCCCUCAGUUCAAGGACCUUCCCACCGACUCUACUCCUGGCGGCGACUAUCCUGAAGGCGGGAAGGACGCUGUGUACAGCUACAAUAACAGACGCUCGAUCGACGUGUUAGGCUUGAGAUACAGGACAUUGGAGGAGAGCAUAGUCGACGCAGUCAAGUCGUUCCAGGCAGUGGGGUUGUAAAUUUCAAUUGCUCUCCUAGGCAUAGAUUUAAGAACUCUUCAGAUACAGAGAGAUACAUCUUUCGCAGCAAGCUUAAUAGACUAGAAGACAAUGUGCUCAAGUCGAUUAUCUAUCUUUCGGGUGCUG